AUGGGACUUUUUAAAUUAUUAUUUGGGAAAAGAGAUGGUAGUAGUAGGAGUAGUAGUAGAAAAAAGAAGGCUUCCUCUUCAUCUCUCUCUUCGGAUCAUGUAAUAGAUUUAUUUCAAACGUUUUCAUCAAGCUUUAUUCAUGAUAACAUGUUGAAAUUUUUAACUUUUGAUGAUGUGAUGAAUCUAUCUCUUGUCAGCACUCAAUUCAGAAGUUUGGUACUUCAGUUAUAUGCGGUUGGUAUUCGUAUAGAUGACGAGGAAAAGGAAGAAGAUGUGAAUACUAAAAAACAAAAAAAGAAAAAGAUAUUCAUUGACUAUAGAUUGUUGAGCGAGCUUCCUUUUGAAAAUGUUGUUAAAGUACAAGUAUUUGGAAGACCUGUAAAUAUACCCAAGAUUAAUUGGAAAUGCGUUAAAAAGUUAUACUUUGAUGUGCAUUACUAUCAUGAAUAUUACAAAGUUUCGGAUAUUAUUAAUUCUGCUUUGGAAACAAAUAGAGGUACAUUGAGUGAUGUUUGCAUUCAUAAUACCAAAUUUCCAAAUGACAAGUUAACAGUAUCACGUAUUAUACAAGGAGUUAACCAAGGAUUUUGCAUUAGAAAAUUGGAAACCUCUUUGGAAACAGACUUUUUCGAUUUAUUGAAAAGGGAUGUUGUUAUCAAGUAUUUAUCUGUAAAGGCAAACUUCUUCUUUGAAGAGGAUUUUUUAGAGGGAAAUGUAGGAUUGUGUAAAGUAGAGAGAUUUAAAUGUGCCAUCACUCAUGAAAAUUUGAAACAUUUUAAAAAGUUAAUUACAUUCCCAGAGUUUCAACCUGAAGUUUUGGAAUUAUGUAUUUCAAAUCAAAUUUCACAUGCAUUACCAGAAAUUUUGAAACUUUGUAAUAGAGAUGUCUUUAAGAGAAUUAUUCUUUCUGAUUUGGAUGGAUGUUUUGUGUGGCACACAUUGUCUACACUUAAAGAAGAGGAUUUACCAAAAUGCGAAAUUGACAUGUCCUUCUGUACACCUAGAGUUGAUUCCCUAACAAAAUUCAAACAGAAUGAAAGAAUUCAAUCCUUGGCCAUUGCAGUUCACGAGCAACAAGAAAUUGAAAAGCUUGUUUCCACACUGUCAACUGGUUACAAAAAAUUAAUUCACCUAAUGAUAACCUGCGAGAAUCCCCAUAUUUAUAAUGAUCUAGUUUCAUCCAUGUCUAAGUCUUUCCAUUUAAUACACGCCCACCAAAUAGUAAUGUUCAAACGAUUCAACUCUCAAGGUGCCAUCAAUUCCAAGAAAGUUUAUGAAUCUUGUAACAGACUGAGGAAGUUCACCAUGUUAAAAAUUCAAGAAAAGGUUACAACAAGACGUUGUUCAGCUGACAAUCAAGAAAUUAAAAUUGUUGAAGACGUUCUUCCUUCUGCUCAAUGGAAACAUUACAAGAAACCAACCAUCAAAAUCCUCAAUACCAAUUAA